UUGACCGCCACCCGGGCCCCGCUGCGCCCGGCCACUGCCUCGUACACCACGCCGUAGCUGCCGCGCCCGAUCUCCGCCAACAGGCUGUAACGCGGCCGCGCCGACCCGCCGCCGCCCUCAGGCCGCCGCCGCGCCAGAUGCAGAGACUGAGAGAGGAGUUUGAUUAACUGGAGUUUGAACUGACACCUCAGGCUCUUCAUACCACCUUACCCUGCUCAGCCUCCCCAAGCUAAAAACAUCCCAAGUGAUAUAACAUUCUUGCUCUGUGGUGUGAUGGACUGAUUAAGUAGAAGGCUUGAAUCAGUGCUGCUCCCUAUGUGGCCAUGAUCUGAAUCAGAGAUGUGUGCCCUGAAGACACGGCAGAGACUGGGGGUACUCCUGACCCUGCACAAGCUGCCUCUUUGGCACCUCCUUCUGAGCCGGAGUCAAGAUAACCCCUGAGUCUUGGACCAGUCACCUGCUGCCACCACCCUCCGACCUGCUGGGCCUGAAGCUGCCCAGGGACAAAGAGGAACACAGGUCAUUUAUCUCCAGGCUUUGAGAUCUGCGUGGGGGAGCUGUUGCAGCAGCCCUAGCCGGGUGAGCUGUGCCGCCUGAGGGAGGUUGCUGAAGGGAUCUCAAGCCCACUGCUUUGCCCCAGAGGAGCUAGAGGUGUGAUGGGUGGCAGCAGGAAGAGCCAAGACAGAAUGGUGUGGCAAGGGCUGGUACUGGCUGCUUGCCUGCUCGCACUCCCCUCUGUCUCAGCGGACUGCCCGGCCCAGUGCUCCUUGUGUGCCGUGAAGACCCAGGAUGGGCCCCAACCCAUCAACCCCCUGGUUUGCUCCCUGGAAUGCCAGGCUGCCCUGCAGCCUGCUCAGGAGUGGGAGAGGUGCCAGGGCCUUCUGUCUUUCCUCACUCCCUUCACUGUUGGGCUCAAUGGCAAGGAAGACUUGGAAAGCAAGGCAGUUUUGGAAGAGUCCAGCAGUGAGCCGGCCAAGCACAUCAGACCCUACUUGAAGGAACUAGAAAAAAACAGAUUCCUUCUGAGCACCCCAGCAGAGGAGAACGCUCUAAGCAGCAGCCUGGCAGAGAAGCUCAGGGGUCUCUCUGGCAGGCUGGGGGAGGGUGCAGUGUCUGAGUUGAAUGGGGAUGCUCAGCUGAACGAUGGUGCCCUGGAGGCUGGAGGGCGGGAUUCUGAUGAGGAGGAACCCAAGGAGCAGGUCAAACGCUAUGGGGGCUUUUUGCGCAAAUACCCCAAGAGGAGCUCAGAGGUGACUGGGCAGGGAGCUGGGGAAGGGGAGGGGGAUGAGGUGGGCCAUGAGGACCUGUACAAGCGCUACGGGGGAUUCUUACGGCGCAUCCGUCCCAAGCUCAAGUGGGACAAUCAGAAGCGCUACGGUGGCUUCCUCCGGCGUCAGUUCAAGGUGGUCACUCGGUCUCAGGAAGACCCCAGUGCCUAUUACGAAGAGCUUUUUGAUGAGUAAACACCUCCACAUCAUGGAGUUGAGUCAGGAGCUUCCCAUAAUGCCCUGGAGAUUGGAGUGAACUCAUUCAUCCGCCCCUAUGGUCCCCAUCCCCAUGCUCAGUUCAGCAUUGUCUACAAGACUUCCAAACCUAGUCUGCCUCUCUUCUGCCCAGAUGCCGUGUUUGUCCAGGUCAGUGAGAGGGGAGGAGGGAGGUUUCCCUCUCCAGUAGGCUUAGUGCUUGCCUUCAACCCUACAUCUGUAAAACUACCAGCAGCAGCAGCUUUGCUAUCAAUUCACUUUAUAUGACUCCCCCGUCCCAGGAAUCCAGACUGACCUCUUGAUCCCUCUGGAUCUAUGAUCAAGUAUUCUGAUCAAUGCCCCUCAGAAGAAAAAUGAACAUUCCCCCUCCCCAUGCAGAUAUAUAUAUAUAUAUAAAAUAAAACAUAUAAAAGGUAGAAAUUUAAAACAAAAUAGAUAUAUAAAAAUCCUAACAGUUUAUUCUCAAACCUCAAAAGCUCUCCCUACUAUAGAGACCACGCUUUAGGCAAAAAGCUCAAACACUGCUUUUUAUUGGAGCAGGAAUUCCUACACUACAGAGUUCGGUCUCCCAGUGGGUUAAACAUUCAGUCAGUGUACUCUGAGUUCGUGCUGUUUAGAAACACACCUUUUGAAGAACCCGGUUCCUGGACUUCAGUCCAUGUUGAUACCCUGGACAGCACCCAACUUCUCACAGGAGAGGACGGGAGUGAAAAAUCUCUUUCCAAAAUGGUUAAUGAGAGCCACUCGCCUUCUGAAUGCUGAAACAAUCAAGCAGGAGUGAGGCAAACUGAUUUGUUCUGUGCAACAGAUUUAAAAUGUGGACCGGUUCCCUCAGCCCUCAUUAAACUAAUUAAACUGAUCGGUAUCACACUCCAACCCCAGGAUGAACUGAUGCUGAGUCAAGUUGAUGAGGUUAAGCACAGCCAUGUUCUUGAGCAGCUGAAUCUGCUGCCAAGAGUCCAAGCCAUCUGGCCAAGCAUAUGCAUUGGGCCUUGGGUAAGGGAAUCCAGAAGCAACAGCUAGAAAGGGGAAAAAGUCCUCUUUAGCUCUCACGGCGAUUCUUUCCUCUUAAUGUCUCAAAAUGAAACUAGAAAGAGGAAUGAAAUGAUUAAGUGCUUGAGGCCAAAUGAGUUCCUUGAUUCAAAUAACCCAGAAGCAGAGGAAGUGACCUUAACCUAAGUCCUCGCCUCUCCUCUCCUCUCUCUCUCCCUGUCUCUCUGUCUCUGUCUGUCUCUCAGACCUCUCUCUCUCUCUCUUCACUGUACCCAGGCAAUGUGGUUUGGUUUGUGGAUCCAGGAGGCUGGUCUAGACGGGGAGGAAAUGAACUUGAGUUUGGUUAUUUUGUAUAAGAUGCUACUGAGCACACUUCUUCAUGCACAACCCUCGGGCCUCUCUCAUGAUGUUCUGAAAUGUAUAGAUUGUUUUAGAAUUAUUUUGUGUGCUUCUCAACAUCCCAUUUUUUCAGUUUACUUGGAAUUUCCUUAGUUCUUAACAGGCUUGUGUUAUUUCCAACUCCUUCAGUACAAUAAAUAAAAAAAAGAUGCUG